CACAAAACUAGAGCCACUGCAGCCCUGGGUUGAUUUUGUUUAUAGUCGCUACUGGUGCCUCCAAAUCCCACCCAAAUGGACGAAAUCCUGUUUCCCACGCAGCAAAAAAGCAACUCGCUGAGCGACGGCGACGAUGUCGAUCUAAAGUUCUUCCAAACCGGCAUCGGCGAGCGGAAGGACAGCGAAACCUCGGAUCCGGGAAACGAUGCGGAUCGCGAUGGCAAAGACGUGGAUGGGGACAACAAGAACACGGACGGCGAUGGGGACUCCGGCGAACCGGCGAACAAGAAGCUCAAGACCAAGAAGGAACUGGAGGAGGAGGAGCGUGAGCGAAUGCAGGUUCUGGUGUCCAACUUCACGGAGGAGCAGCUCGAUCGCUAUGAGAUGUAUCGCCGCUCAGCCUUUCCCAAGGCGGCUGUCAAGCGUCUGAUGCAGACCAUCACCGGCUGUUCCGUGUCCCAAAACGUGGUGAUCGCCAUGUCCGGCAUUGCCAAGGUUUUUGUGGGCGAGGUGGUGGAGGAGGCCCUCGAUGUGAUGGAAGCUCAAGGAGAAUCCGGUGCGCUGCAACCCAAGUUCAUCCGCGAGGCAGUGCGCCGGCUUAGGACCAAGGAUCGAAUGCCCAUUGGCCGCUAUCAGCAGCCCUAUUUCAGACUGAACUAACGACUCAGGAAAUCUAGAUAUGUAGUUUUUAAGACUUUUAGUCAAUAUAAAAAUAUGUUUAAACACUACCUAAAA